AUAUCAUUUAGAAACCUAGUUAUAUUUUCCAAUCCAACUAAACGUAUAAGUGAAAAGGUUGCGUUGCGUGCAAAGUUGAUUGAGAUUAAACAAAUAACAUAACAUAACAUUGUGUUCUGGUUUAUUGAGUUGUGGCAACAAAGCCUAGAUCAACUCUAUGGCUUCCUUCACCAAAUCACUCUUUCUUUUUCUUUUCAUUCAAUUUACUUUCUCACUUUUUCCCUCAUCAAUCGCUCAAUCCCCUACCCCAGGGUCUUCUGAAGGCUACACUAUUUACGGUCGAGUGAAGAUCCCUGCAGGUUUUGGAACAAAAGAGUUCAGCCUUCCUGCAAAAGUUUCAAAUGUCAAAGUCAUACUUAAUGGUGGUCAAAGAGUUUCUUUUCUGAGGCCCGAUGGAUAUUUCUCAUUCCACAAUGUGCCUGCAGGGACUCAUUUAAUUGAAGUGGCAGCAACAGGCUAUUUCUUUUCUCCUGUACGAGUUGACGUUAGUGCCAGAAACCCUGGCAAAAUUCAGGCAGCACUGACAGAAAAUAGGAGGGGGCUCAGUGAGUUUGUCUUAGAGCCAUUGAAGGAUGAACAAUAUUAUGAGAUUAGGGAACCAUUCUCUGUUAUGUCCAUUGUGAAGAGUCCAAUGGGUCUGAUGAUGGGAUUUAUGCUUAUUGUUGUCUUCCUUAUGCCCAAAUUGAUGGAGAACAUGGAUCCAGAAGAAAUGAAACGCGCCCAAGAAGAAAUGAGAAGCCAAGGAGUUCCAUCUCUAGCAAACUUGUUACCUGGUGCCGCACGAAGCUAGGGCAAUUUAGUUUUUCUGAGCAGAAGCUAAAGAUGUAUUACGUACCAUGAUUAGAGAAUUUUGUUAUGACAAAUUGGUGCUGAGAAAAAUCUUUGAUUAUUGAAGUUGUUGAAUAGUUGAAUUUGAAAUUGCUGAUAGGGAUGUUAGCAUGUUUAAUAUAACCAGACAUGAAUAGGCUUCCAUGUAACUUGGGUCACUUUCUUCAAUGUUGAUAACCAUGCACGGCCAAUAUGGAUCA